AUGAAGAAGACAAAGCAAGCUGGUGAACUGGGAAUUGCCAUCAUGGGCCAGAAGUUCCUCUGGUGGGGUUUCGUGACUUUGAUGCUACUUCAAGGUGGCUCUGCCUACAAAUUAAUUUGCUACUUCACCAACUGGUCCCAGUACCGACCUGGGCUGGGAUAUUUUGUUCCUGAAACCAUCGACCCACAUCUAUGUACCCAUCUUAUCUAUUCUUUUGCCAAUAUCAACAACAACAAGAUCACCCCUAACGAGUGGAAUGAUGUCACCCAAUAUCACUCCUUCAAUGAUCUCAAGAAAAGAAAUCCCAACCUGAAAACUCUGCUGUCCAUUGGAGGUUCCGUAUUUGGUUCCAAAGGGUUCCAUCCCAUGGUGGAUUCUUCUGAAUCACGAUCAACAUUUAUCAACUCUGUGAUCCCAUUCCUGAGGCACAAUGACUUCAAUGGGCUGGACAUAGACUGGAUCUUCCCUGAGCUGAAUGAAAAGCCUUUUUUUGCUUCUCUGAUUCACGAGCUAGCUAUUGCUUUUCAGGAAGAGGCCAAAAAGUCUGGGAAGGAGAAGCUUCUCUUGUCUGUGGCGGUGGCCUCAGGAAGGCAGAAGAUCGAUAACAGCUAUGAGAUUAAGGAUUUAGCAAGUGAUGUGGAUUUCGUCAACCUCCUGUCCUUUGACUUCCAUGGAUCUUGGGAUAAUCCCUUGGUUACUGGCCACAACAGCCCUCUGAGGAAAGGGAAGCAGGACCAGAGGAGCAGCGCUUACUAUAAUGUGGAAUAUGCUGUGAACUACUGGAAGACUCAAGGCAUGCCAGGGGAGAAGAUAAUCAUGGGUAUCCCUAUGUAUGGCCGCUCCUUCACCCUCUCCACACCUGCGUCUAACUCAGGUGUGGGGGCCCCUGCCAACGCUGCUGGCACUCCUGGCCAAUUCACUGCAGAAGCAGGCUUCUUGGCCUACUAUGAGGUAUGCCAGUUCCUACAAGGUGCCACAGUCAAAAAAAUCCCAGAACAACAGGUCCCCUAUGCAGUCAAGGGCAAUCAGUGGGUUGGCUAUGAUGAUGUGGAGAGUGUGGAUAUCAAGGCCCAGUAUUUGAAGAACUCAGGAUUGGGAGGGGCCAUGAUUUGGUCCAUUGACCUGGAUGACUUUACUGGUGAAUUCUGCAAAAAGGGUCGAUUCCCACUCCUCCAGGCAAUCAAGAAGACACUGGACUCUGCCAAUAAAGGUAUUGGAAGCCAGAAGGAAUAG